AUGUCCAAGCUGGAUGACUUAUUUGAUAAAAAGAAGGAUGAAGCUCCUAUGCUCGACUUAUCUAAAGUAGUAAUAAAUACCGCCGAGGAAUAUCGAGAAGUUUUAGACAAAGUACCGGACUUUAAAACAAGACCAGAAAAGGUUAAACCCGAAGAUGUCAAAAUUAAAGAUAGACCAGAAGAUCAUAAAACGAAAACACCUAAAAAGGAGAUCAGGGCGUAUGAAAAACUAGGUACACGUGGAUAUGAGGAAAAGCAAUUUACGUUUAUGGAUCCGAUACCAGUAGAAAUGCAAUUGUUAAAAUUCGACGAACUUUGUACAGUACCUAUCGAAUGGCGAAUGCUCACUUCCAUUAGACCCAAGUCGAAACUGGACGAGGAGUAUUUUAAUAGAUUGAUAGAACUAGGUAAAUCUGAAUUAAGAACCAAAGCGAAAGACAAAAGGGAGUAUGCGAAAAACAAUAUGAUUAGAAAAACGAAGACCCGUUCAGGUGUGACAGAAACACGCAUCGUGUCAUGCUCCGAGUGCUGCGAAGAGUACUGUAAUGGUAAAAUGUGCACCAUAACGAACUACGACAUGUUCGCGCGACUGAAAUUGGAAGUAGAGACAAAGAGCAGUCGCGUACAGGCGCCGCCCGCGCAACUAAGCAAGCUGCGUCGCAUGCGCCGCCGCACACGCCGCAAGCCGCGCAGCAAGAGCGCCGCACCUACCUACCACAAGCCUGGAGCCGCUAAAUCAGGUGCCAGGAGCGAUACCGAAUUAUAA